CGGAGCUGUGCGUUAACCCGGCGGGAUGGAGGCGGAGGCGUUGGCCGCGUCCACGCCAGCCCCGGGCGUCUCGACCGCCGUGUCUUCGGCCCAGGAGACGGCACGGUGGAUGGAGGAAGCGAUGCGCAUGGCCAAAGACGCCCUUGAAAAUACCGAAGUUCCUGUUGGCUGUCUUAUGGUCUACAACAAUGAAAUCGUGGGGAAGGGAAGAAAUGAAGUGAAUCAAACCAAAAAUGCUACUCGACAUGCAGAAAUGGUGGCCAUUGAUCAAGUCCUAGAUUGGUGUCAACGAAAUGGCCAGAGUCCUUCUGCCGUGUUUGAACAUACCGUGUUGUAUGUCACUGUGGAGCCGUGCAUUAUGUGUGCAGCUGCUCUCCGCCUGAUGAGUAUCCUUGGACUCCAGAGAGAGCACAAGCUGGGCUCAGUGGCUCACAACUCUAAGCCUAGCUCCUUGGGAGACCGAGAUGGAGAGGAUCUCACUUUGAGGCCAGUCCAUGCAAGGAGUUUACAAACCUCCUUCUUGAUCAAUAAACAGACUCAUUCCAGGCUGAACUAUUGUCCAGGGUGGCCAAUCUCAACCCACCCUCAUGUGGCCACCAUACUGUACAUCCUAUCCGGGCCUUAA